UAGUUAUUACAUUUUAGUUUUUAGUCUUUAAAUUAAUUUAUUUUUUAGAUUACUGAUGAUCGUGAAUUAAAUUUUUUUUUAUAUUCUCAGACUGUAACUGAUUAAACAUUGGACAAAUUCAAACCAAGAAUUCAAAUAUAUAGUUUAUUGUUUAUUGAAUGUAUAAAAAAGUUGUAAAUCAGUAAUUUUUUAUUUCAUGAUGGCUGCACCUAUGGAACGUAUUCAAGCACUGGAAUUAAUUGAAAAAGACAUAAUAACAUGUUUACAAAGCGCUGGUCAAGCACUAUUGGAACUUAGUAAGGAGAAAUCUAGUUUGAAACAAGUAGAGAACCAAUCACACCAGUUCUUAAAGAGUUUGGGUAAUGUAGAGUCAAAACUAACAGAACAAAUUAAUUACUUGACCCAAGUAUCUACUGGACAGCCAUAUGAAAACAGUGGGUAUGCAUCACAAAAAGUUCUCCAAAUGGCUUGGCACCGCCUUGAGCAUGCAAGAAGCAGGGUAAAAGAAUUGGAACGAUCUAAAAAUAAGUAUCUUCAAGAUCAAGAACAAUUGAAAGGAAAUGUCUCAAAUCUAUUGUAAUACUUAUGAUUUGUAGACUUAUAAAUUCUUAAGUGGUACCUAAUUGAAAUUAAUUGUAAUUAAAACUUUGAGUCAAUAAACAAAUUCAAUUCUCUGAAUA